CGACAUACAAUUCAAGGAUAUUUUGCGUGAAUGUGAAUGUCGUAUAAAAAAUACACACAUUUCUAACUAAUCCCAAAAAUCCUCAGCAAUUAUAUUGCAGUGUCGCGUGGGUUGAGGUCAUAAUUGUGGUGACAUUUUCAUCGCUCAACACAAAAAUAUUUUUCAAUAUUUUUUGUAAAUAACAUUUUUCAACACUAAUUCUCGUAGUCAUCAUAUAAUUAAAGAUGAACAACCCCUUGUUAAUGAACAGAUACCCGGCCAUAGAGUAUGUGCACAUAUUUCCGGACUACGCCGACGGGUGGUACCUGAGGUCAGCCAAAGUGGACCCAAACCACAGUAAGACAGGUACUUAUUUGGACUACAAGUAUCUGCAAACGUGUUUGGAGGGCAAGAGAGGCACCGAAAUGGCGAUGUAUUUGCCGAUGAAAGCCGUCGAGAGGACAGUACUCCGGGACCGACCCGAGUAUGAAAAGAAA